ACUCGGAAGGAGGAGGCCAACCUCGAGGACACAGGAGCCACUUCGGACCCAACCAAAGCGAAAAGAAAAGCAAGUUAGGAGAGACGAGACGAGUCCACAGUUAACCCCGCGACUGGGGUUAACGCCACUUAACGCCGCUUCCGACAUGGAUAAAGUUAUCAAUUGCUUCUUUGCUGCGUUGACCCUAUUGUUGUCUGCGAGGGGAGAAGUUUUUAAAGGCGAUUGUAACUUUGAGAGGCCCCUGUCAGCGUGCGGGUACAGCCAGGGCAGAGAGGACGACUUGGACUGGGAGCAGAUCAGCACCAGAGAGAAGAGCUCCAGUACAGAUCCAUGGAUGCCCUCAGGAGCAGCCUUCAUGAUGGUAAACACUUCAGGGCGUUUCGCGGGUCAACGGGCCCUGCUCCUGUCCCCCCAGCUCAAAGAGAACGACACCCACUGCGUCCUGUUCCAGUACUACAUGGGCGGUCGGGACGCCAGCCACCCCGGACACCUCAACGUCUACAUCCGCGAAAACAACAGUCCCAUGGGCAUGCCAGUGUGGAACGUGUCCGGCCCCGCAACCCGCACAUGGGGCCAGGUGGAGCUCGCCAUCAGCACCUACUGGCCCAACUACUACCAGAUCGUAUUUGAAGUGGUAACCUCGGGGCAGCGCGGUUUGGUGGCCAUUAAAGACGUGGUGGUCCAGGGACAUCAGUGCAUGAACACUCCUCAUUUCCUGACGAUAAAAGGAGUGGAGGUGAAUGCGGGACAGUCUGCGUCGUUCCACUGCACGGUCAACGGUCGCAAGAGGGACAACUUCAGGCUCUGGCUACAGGGCAUCGGCGGACGAGAGGCCCCCAUGAAGGCCACCAAACCCUGGAACAACCGCCGCUUCAUCGGGACCUUUGAGCUGGAGAACACCACCAAGGGAGACUCGGGCCGGUACCGCUGCAUCGUGCACUCGGACAAAGGCGUGGGAGUGUCCAACUACGGAGACCUCACCAUCAAACAACCCCCUGUACCCAUCGCCCCCCCUCAGCUCACUGCGGUGGGGGCCACAUACCUCUGGAUCCAACUCAACGCCAACUCCAUCAACGGAGACGGGCCCAUCAUCGACCGAGAGGUGGAGUACCGUACUGUGUCAGGGACCAUGUACGACCUGCAGCCCGUGGACAAGACCACCCACAAGAUCGGACACUUAGACCCCGACACAGAGUACGAGAUCAGCGUGCUGCUCACCCGGCCCCUAGAGGGAGGUACAGGGGCCCCGGGACCGCCUUUGAGGGCCCGGACCAAAUGUGCAGAGCCCAUGCACGGCCCGCGUAAACUGGAGGUGGUGGAGGUGCAGUCUCGGCAGGUGACCAUUCGUUGGGAACCGGUGGGCUACAAUGUGACACGCUGCCACACGUACAACCUGACUGCGCAGUACCGCUCCAGGCCCGCGGGGGGCAAAGAGGAGGCCAGGGAGGAGAUCUGCUACGACACGCAGAGCAGAAACCCGCAGCACACCAUUCAUAACCUGACCCCCUUCACCAACCUCAGCGUCAAACUGGUGCUCAGCAACUCGGAGGGGAUCAAGGAGAGCACCGAGCUGGAGGUGCAGACCGACGAGGACGUGCCCAGUGCCAUCCCCCUGGAGUCCAUUCAGGGCAGUGCGUACGAGGAGAAGAUCAUCCUGAAGUGGAGAGAGCCAUCGCAGACCUACGGCAUCAUCACACAGUAUGAGAUCUCUUACAAGGCGGUGAGUUCAUUUGACCCCGAGCUUGACCUUUCCAACCAGAGCGGCAAAGUGGUGAAGCAAGCCAACGAGACCACCCACACGUUUACAGGCCUGGACCCCGGCUGCACCUACUCCUUCACCCUCCGAGCCAGUACCGCGAAGGGCUACGGGCCGCCGGUCAUCACGCAGUUUACCACUAAGAUCUCAGCUCCCUCUAUGCCAGCCUAUGACCAGGAGACCUCCCUGAACCAGACGGACACGACGGUGACGGUGCUGCUGAAGCCGGCCCAGAGCAGAGGUGCACCUGUGAGUGCAUAUCAGGUGGUGGUGGAGGAAGAGCGCCCCCGUCGAGCUCGUGGCACAGCGGAGAUACUGCGCUGUUACCCGGUGCCCAUUCACUUCCAGAACGCCACAGCGCUCAACUCGCAGUACUACUUCACGGCCCAGUUUCCAGCAGGGGGCAUCCACACGCCUCAGCCCUUCACCGUGGGGGACAACAAAACCUACAACGGGUACUGGAACGCCCCGCUCCUGCCCCAGAAGAGCUACAGCAUCUACUACCAGGCCGUCAGCACCGCUAAUGGGGAGACCAAAAUCGACUGCGUGCGAGUGGCCACCAAAGCGGCCAUCUUGGUGACCCAACUGACCACGCCCUACCUGAGAAUCGCCCCAGCUGCCGGGGACAGCCAACUAACAGGAGCAGCCACUCACAAGCCGGACGCGGUGGAGCCGGAGAAACAGACGGACCACACGGUGAAGAUUGCCGGAGUCAUCGCGGGCAUCCUCCUCUUCGUCAUAAUCUUUCUCGGAGUGGUUCUUCUCAUGAAAAAGAGGAGAACCUAUCACUCCUACACAUACUACCUGAAACUGGCGAAGAAGCGUAAGGAGACCUUGAACAGCACGCGGCAGGAGAUGACGGUGAUGGUGAACUCCAUGGACAAGAGCUACACGGAGCAGGGCACCAGCUGUGACGAGGCCCUCUCCUUCAUGGACACCCACGCUUCCCACAGCCUCAACACGAGCCACAGUCUGAACGCCCGCAGCGAGGGGGCACUCACGCUCAACACACGCAGCGAAUGUGCACUCACGCUCAACGGAAGAGCAGCGGGCUCGUCUCCCUCCUCCUUCACUCUGCCCAAAGCCAAUACCCUGAGCUCCUCCAUGCCCUCGGGCUCCUACUACCCAGAUCCAUUUGUGCCAACUGCUAUUUUAGAUGAGAGCCAGAACAUGGGCAGUGACACGAGCAGCCUGGUGCAGCCACACAGUCACUCUCUGCGGAAGCGAGACGCGGCCGACGUGCCCUACCAGACCGCCCAGCUCCACCCCGCCAUACGAGUGGCCGAUCUGCUGCAACACAUCACCCAGAUGAAGUGCUCCGAGGGCUACGGCUUCAAGGAGGAGUACGAGAGCUUUUUUGAAGGACAAUCUGCCGCGUGGGACUCAGCCAAGAAGGACGAGAACCGCAUGAAGAACCGCUACGGGAACAUCAUCGCCUACGACCACUCACGCGUCAGACUGCAGGCUCCAGAGGGCGAACAGGGCUCCGAUUACAUUAAUGCAAAUUACGUUGAUGGGUACCACAGGCCAAACCACUACAUCGCCACGCAAGGCCCCAUGCAGGAGACUGUGUUCGACUUCUGGAGGAUGGUUUGGCAAGAGAACACCGCCGCUAUCGUCAUGGUGACCAAUCUGGUGGAGGUGGGACGGGUCAAGUGCUGCAAGUACUGGCCUGAUGACACCGAGAUCUACAGAGACAUAAAGGUGACCCUGAUCGAGACCGAGCUCCUGUCCGAGUAUGUCAUCCGCACCUUCGCCGUGGAGAAGCGUGGGGCUCAUGAGAUCAGGGAAAUCCGACAGUUCCACUUCACCGGCUGGCCUGACCAUGGAGUGCCCUACCACGCCACAGGGCUGCUGGGCUUCAUCCGGAGGGUCAAGGCUAAGACCCUGACCAACGCCGGGCCUAUGGUGGUCCACUGCAGUGCUGGAGCGGGGAGGACGGGUUGCUUCAUCGUCAUAGACAUAAUGCUGGACAUGGCUGAGAGAGAAGGAGUGGUGGACAUCUACAACUGUGUGCGAGAGCUACGGUCCAGAAGAGUCAACAUGGUCCAGACCGAGGAGCAGUAUGUCUUCAUCCAUGACGCCAUCUUGGAGGCCUGUCUGUGCGGAGACACCACCAUCCCGGCCAGUCAGCUCCGGUCUGUGUACUACGACAUGAACCGCCUGGACCCCCAAACCAACUCUAGCCCCAUCAAGGAGGAGUUCAGGACACUGAACAUGGUGACUCCCACACUGAGAGUGGAGGACUGCAGUAUCGCCCUGUUGCCGAGGAACCAUGAGAAGAACCGGUGUAUGGACGUGCUUCCUCCGGACCGCUGUCUGCCCUUCCUCAUCACCAUCGACGGGGAGAGCUCCAACUACAUCAACGCCGCACUCAUGGAUAGUUAUAAGCAGCCGUCGGCGUUCAUCGUGACCCAACAUCCUCUGCCAAACACAGUCAAAGACUUCUGGAGACUGGUCCUGGAUUACCACUGUACGUCCAUAGUCAUGCUCAAUGACGUCGACCCAGCACAGCUGUGUCCUCAGUACUGGCCGGAGAACGGGGUGCACCGCCACGGGCCCAUCCAGGUGGAGUUUGUCUCUGCAGACUUGGAGGAGGACAUCAUCAGCAGAAUAUUCAGGAUCUACAACGCUGCCAGGCCUCAGGACGGGUACAGGAUGGUGCAGCAGUUCCAGUUCUUGGGUUGGCCCAUGUACAGGGACACACCCAUGUCCAAGCGCUCCUUCCUCAAACUCAUCAGACAGGUGGACAAGUGGCAGGACGAGUACGACGGAGGAGAGGGGCGCACCGUGGUCCACUGUCUAAAUGGAGGAGGUCGCAGUGGGACGUUCUGUGCCAUCAGUAUCGUGUGUGAGAUGUUACAGCACCAGCGCUCUGUGGAUGUGUUCCAUGCAGUCAAGACUCUGAGGAACAACAAGCCCAACAUGGUCGACCUCCUGGACCAGUACAAGUUCUGCUAUGAAGUGGCGUUGGAGUACUUGAACUCUGGAUAACUUUUGGCCAGCCACAUUUCCCCAUUGACUUAAACUGGAGACUGGCACUUCCUGUACACAGUCGGAAACCGGCUCCUGCUCCCUACUGCCCCCUCCUGGACUGCACUGGACAUGGCAGACGUGUACAGAGUUUCAUACAGCCCUUAUUGACACAGGCCAGAGCAAAGAAGACGUUUUAUUUUCACGCAGGAAGUUUCCUCUGUCGCGGAUCCCUCGCUUUCUGUUUGUCCAAUACAGUCCUGUGGUUGUUGCCUUGAUCUACUCUGGACUAGCUUUUGGUAACGCUUUAGAAAUAAGUUUGUAAUGAAUAUUUACAGUGUCUUAGCAAAUUUAAGUUGAAAAAAGGUACGCAAAAUUGACUCUGGUGAGCUUUAAGCCAUGUUAGAAUGUUGUUAUCGCGUCAAAAACAUACCCGGGCUUGUGUUAUCUUUCAUUCACACGUGUUUGAGUAAUCCUGGACUAUCGGGCUGUCUAUAUCCCCAAAACUCAAAAUGCUCUGUUCCACCUCGUGAUGUCAUGAAGUGGUAGUUUUUAAGUUAACAGCUGCCUUUUGUUUAGAAAUUCCUUGGCUGAAAUUAUCCAAAUGAUUCACGUUAAGGUGUAAACAGUUUAAAAAAAUAGUGGAGGACUUCCUGUAUUACAACGUGACAUCACAAGGUGGGACAGAGCGUUUUCUGUUUGAGAGAAGGACUAAAUAUGCAGGGUUUGUGUGUUAACCAUGUGUGAAUGAAACAAAACACAACUCCAGGUCUGUCUAACUGUAUCAGUAAGACAUUGGUUUGCAAGGAAGCCAUACGAAACAUGGUUAAAACAUAGAAAAUACAACAUAAAGUAAUUAUGAAUGAUUUAGUCUAUAAUUUGAAUAAGUAAAAUCAUCUUUAGGCCCUUAUAGACCUCUCCCUCCCCAGACGCUUCUUUCUUCUUUUAAGCAGCUAGAUUAAAACCCCUGCAAUGAGAUCUAUGUAUUCUGAAAUGUAAAAUAUAACUAACUUUGUAUAAAUAAGUCAUGAAUGCAAAUGAAAUGCAUUGUCUAUUUUAUGUAUUUUAUUUCCAGGGAUCAUUAUUAAAACAUGUACAAAUGUAGUACUUAUUCAUAGUUUAGUAUUUAUUGAAGAGGACCAAAAUAGAGUAUAUUUACAUGUAUUUGAAUUGUAAAAACUGGUGCAGCAUAGUUGAUCUAUGAAUGCCAAUUAAAGUAUUUAUACAAAACAUUAUCAGAUCUAUAUAAAAGCAAAAUACUGUGAGUUUAUUCAAAUAUAUCUUGAAAUUGCAAGAUUUAGCAAUGUAUCCAUUUUAUUGAAAGUACAUAUGACAGUUUUUCAUGUUUUUCUAAUUCUGUUUGAUGGGACAGUAUCUGCAGUAAAUAUUUGUCGUAGUUUUAUAUCAGUUUAGUGGAAGUUUGCGGAAAAGUGCAAAAAUACAGCAAGUAGUGGUGCGUUUUAAACUCAAAUACCUCUACCUACGUCAUCAACACUGAAAAUUCUAUCUAAAAUGCAGGGACAAUUGCACAAGGAAGGGUUUUUUUUCCCAGUAAGUUUAACAAAAUAAAGGUCUUGUCAUCUGUUUUUAUUCCCCUGAUCAUAACUUGUGUAAUUUAGACAAGCUUUGCCCAGGUCACGAUAAAAAUUUUGACACAUGAUAUAUCACUACAGGGAAAUAUCGCGAUAAACGAUAAUAUUGAAAGUACUUUAUGCCACUGACGCAAAGCAAGAAACCCCCAGUGAACCCCGUUUUAAAUAUGACAGUAUCACUCAAACGACAUGAGCUGCAACAAAAAACAGUAUAAGAGAAUGAUCCAACAGCCAUAGAAGUUAUUUAAUCAGCUCAAAUCUUGCAUAAAAAUGGCUAAAAUCUCCCACUUUUCAAAGAAAUCAUGCAUGCGAUAAAUAUUAACCCCCAAAAUCUAUUAUUCCAGCUUUCAUUUAUAGAACAAUAAGUGGAUAUAAUAAUUAUCUUGACAGUCCUAGUUUUGCCCCUUGUACUGUAUGGUUGCUAGGUAACAGAACAGAAAAUUAUAAACUUGAUCAAAAUUUUAAAAUGAACAAAAGGUGAGAUUUUUAGUAAGAUCUUGUAAGAUAUAUUAUAAUAUUAACUAUGUUUUUGUGAAAAAGUACUCUAACCUGUCGUAUGCACUUUAAAUUGAUUCUAAAAUACCCUGAUGUUGGAAGGUGGAAGAACCUGAUGAUAAUAAUAAUAAUAAUAAUCCAGGGUCACUCAUACAUUUGUGAAUGAAACAAAACACAACUCCAGGUCUGUUUUUGUAGAGAUAACAAUAUUCUAACACGGCUUAAGUUCACAAGAGUCCAUUUUGCCUGAUAUAGGACUUUUAAUAGUGAUAGUUGUCAUUUGCUAACACACUGUAAUUAUGUUAUUACUACUUCUUACUGUGCAACUAUUUCUAUGAAAGCGCCUGCUGUACAAAUGUAUCCUGUCUACAGUGCAAAAAGAAAAACCUACAUGAGUCAAAACUUUAAUUUAGAAUAUACAUUUUGAUUUGAGUUGCCCAGUUACGUUUGGUUUCAAUUUAGACAUCUUUUGGUUGCUAGACAAUUUAGAUUUUUUUCUAUGAUAUUUUUUAUACUAAAGUCAUUUCUGCCAACACAGUACACUACACUACCACUCAGAAGUUUGGACACACUUUUCCAUUUAUUUUUCUCUACUUCCAUGAUUAUUUACAUUAUAGAUUCUCACUGAAGGCAUCUAAACUAUGGACACAUAUGGACUGUAGUAAACAAAAAAUAAACUCAAAAUAGCUCAGCACUUUAUUUUUGAUUUAUUUAUUUAUUUAUUUAUUUUUUUUGAUUACUGCUUUACACAGCUGAGACUUCAAUGAGAUUUCACUGAGAGAAGACCAAGAGUUUGCAGCACUGUCAACAAAGCAAAGAUUGGCUACUUUGAGCAAUUGAAUAUAUAAAAAAAACAAAAAAAACAAAAACCCAAUAGUUUUUUCUUCACUACAUAAUCCUUGUGUCAUAUAUUUGAUGUCCUCUGUGUGCAUAUAAAAUGUGGAAAACAGUAAACAUAAAGAAGAAAAACAACAUUCAAUGAGAACAUGUGUCCAAACUUGACUGGUUGUGUGUAUUAUCAAUGCAAUUAGGAAUCUUUUACUUACUUAAUGAGAGAAGUUUUGGUUGAAAUCGGUAGAAAUAUCUUGUAAGCCUGAAAAAUUAUAUAAAAACAAAUAAGUGCAUAAAUGUUGGUACAAUUAAAUGGUUCAGGGUUUGAACUCUGACCAGUGCAUAGUGUCGUUGUGUCCUUUGGCAAGACACUUCACCCAUCUCGCUUAAGUGUUAAUAUAGUGUGGGAUUGAGUGAUUGACCUAAAGGUGCAUUAUGUUACUUUCCCGGUGGAGGGUUCAAUACUUCUAAUCCUCUUGUUUCCAUUGAGAUGUUAUUGCUUUGCCUGGAAUUUUACUUGUUAGUAUGGCUUUUAUUCAGCUACAAGUGUUUUUAUUUUUGUAUUUGUUCUGUGAGUGGGGUCGCCUCUCCACAGAUCUGACCUGUAAGGUGACCUGGUGGCAUCGCUUGCUUGUCUCCACUGAGAUAUGCAAAUUUAAACUGCAACUAAACUCCACCCACAACCACAUUUCAAAUAGAGCAGCUAAACUGGACAGCACCUCGAAGACUAAACAUGAGCGAGAGGGGGAGGAGGGGCGGGGUUUAGAGGCAUAAACAACAGUGUGAUUGGUCUAACAGGUAUCCACAUUUAAAACUCCACCCCUAAAACCAGGUGUUUGUAAUUAGAAACUCCUGACAGUAAUCAGGGCAGUCUUUUGUGAUGUCACCAACUACUUGAAAUUGCAGUGGCCACUAAAGGUCAUUUAAAUUUAGGCGUUUUGGACCAGAAAGCUGCAAAUUGACCUAGUUUGCACUAAAGAUGCCAAAAAAUCACUAGGAACCGUAGAUGAUGCUAUUACCAUCAUAUACACAGUUUAGUAGCAUGUCUAAAAAGUGCCAAGCUCCACUUUAAUGCCCUAUUGUGGAACAUUCCAGGCAACGCAAUGACAUCACCAUGGAGACAAUCAAGCGUCAGAUUUGAAUUGAAAUUGUGAAAACUCAAAUCAAGAUCAUAUUCUGAAUGUAAAGCCUUUAUCUCAUGUAGUUAUUUUAUUUUUUGCAUAUUCUGCUUAUUCCUGCAGGCCAUGUUCCACAGUGCAGCUUAAUUGUGAUUAAAUGUAAAUGUAGAUCUUUGGCACUCAGUCAACCUCUGCUUCUCUCACGGGGAUCCAAAGCCUGAUUUGCACUCCCACGCCCUCUGCUGUGCAUAUUGUACAUAUAUCUGGAGAUUAUUUAUUCAUGUUUUUUUGUUUUUUUCUUUAGUGAUAUUUUCGGUAAGUGACAAUCAUAUGUUUGAUGGGUUAAACUGUAUUAUUGUGUUUUGGGUCAUCAGCGUAUGACAGAUUUAUUCCAUUGUAAAG